AUGUUCACUGAAAACAAUACUAAUAUCGAGGUAAAGCAGUAUACCUAUAGGUCUGGUGCGGUUUAUAAAGGGACAUUUGAUGGUGUCAAGCGGAGUGGCAGAGGCUACUGGCGUCACCCCAAAGGUGAAGUCUAUGAAGGUGAAUACAAAAACAACAAAGAAGAGGGCCUUGGCGUGUACAAAUUCGAAGGAACUGGUAAGAUCUAUAUCGGACAAUGGUUGAAUGGCAAGAUGAACGGCUGUGGGGUUUACUUUUUCAAUCUAGAGCACACCGUUUACUUUGUUGGAAACUACGUAGACGACCAAAGACACGGCCUUGGGCACUACAGCUAUGAAUCGGGCAUCUUGACGACCCAGCAGUGGGAUAUGGGCCAGUUAAUCCACGAGGAGUCGUCGACUCCGCUUGAGCAGGUCAACGUCGCGAUUCAGAUUCAGAACUUCAUAUCGGAGGUGCGUGUGGUUGCGCCUCUCGAGCUGGGUGAGGUUCCUUCCUCAAAGAUACACACCUUUCAGUUUUCUUACGGGGCCACGUACACCGGGCAGUACCUCGGGACUAAAAAACAUGGCCAGGGGUACUGGCUACACCCAGAGGGUGAUAGCUACGAGGGCCAGUUCGAAAACAACAAGCACAAUGGGUGGGGGGUCUACAUCGUUGGCCGCAGCGGGAAGAAGUUUGUGGGCUCCUGGCGAGACGGUAAAAUGAAUGGCAUCGGCAUUUACUUUUUCAACCCACAAGAAACCGAAUAUUACAUCGGCAACUAUCGUGCCGACCUCAAGCAUGGUUGUGGGAUGUAUCACUUCGCAGAGAGUGGGCAUGAUAGACUGCAAACAUGGGAGGAUGGGGUUCUCAAGGAGGAAUUAGGCAUGGAUGAGUUGUUUGUAGAGGCGUACAUCAAGGCUAUUCAUAAACUUAUAGAGACGGUUGGGUCAUAUGCACCCAAUUAUGAGCCCAUUGCAUUUCCAUGA